AUGGCACAACCAGAAACACCUGCAAGCGCAUCGCGAAAUUCUAUCGUUUCACCUCUUGCAGGUGGUAUGACCACCGCUCAAUUGGAGCAAGUGUUGCAGAAAACUCCUCAAAUGACUAGAUUUAAUCCUUUGAGAAGACAUCUUGGGGCGCCUAAAGCUCUCAAUUCUCGCAUUUCCAAAAGUGAAAUCAUUGCUAGUGAUGAAGAAGCAGCGGCCACAUCAAAGUCAACCCCGAUCGUGCAAGCACCGGAAAUUCUAACUGGUGAAGCUAUAAUAAAUAAAGGUAAAGAAACAUCUGUAGCAGCGGAUAACGACAAAGUUGUUCAAGGGGUUCCAAAAUCUACUGGCACUCUGCAUCCUUCCCCCCAUGAGAAUGUUUCGCGUUCGAAGCAACUGGUUGAAACAUUGCCCAAAAGGUUCUUGGGAACAAUCGCAAAGCGCAAAAGGUUGCGGAGGGAGCGACGCACCGCGUCUAAACUCGCUACUUCACUUCCUGUUGAAGACCCAUCAAGCACAUCGUCCCACGGAAAGACAGACGAUGAAAAGGCAACCUUAUCUUCUCGUGGAUGUGGCUGCCCAGCCGAAUCAAAUACAAUUUCCAAAUACUCUGACCCUCUGAACGAUAAAACAUCCGUUGGCAGUCAAGAAUCGACCAGUCUUGAAGAACUCAUCCGAGCAACUUCGCGCACAUUCAAUUCACAGCAUCUAAGCAAUCCUGAGGUCAGGGACACCAGUUUCUCAUUUGGUGCUCCGCGGCAGGCUCGAGGAGCAAUUAUGGGCUCACACACAAAGGACAAUAACUGCAGUGAUCUCGAUGACUUUGAGAUCGACAUUCUUGGAUUGCGUGAUGCUACUCAUUCAUCUGGUUGUACGCCUGGCCCUAGCGACUCAGAGGAUGCACCCAUAAACCAUACAUCUCGAAAGAGUGACCGUCCAAGCCCAAAGAAAAAGCAAAAGAGAAGGGUGAAUAAGAGAUCUCGAAGACUUCCGGUGGAUGAGUUACACCUGGUAUCUGAAAGAGUGGCUGACUUUAGUGAGAAAGAUAGUGAAAGUGUGGAACCUUCAACCGAAAUCCUAGAUGAUCCAAUCUCUCAAGACUCUUCGAAUGCCCUCAAAAUUAUACAGAGUGUUGGGCGGACAAAGGGCGAGAAAAAGGUGUUACAGACAUACCAUGGCGCCUUUGGAAAGAUUGAUAACAGAGCCUUUCGGUUCCCAAAUCGCUACGACACAUUCCCUUGGGAAGAAUCCGGCAAUCGCCAUGAGGUGAGCUCGUCUCAUUCUGAUGGUUUCGUGGGAGCUGAAGCAAACCCCACCGGACGAUCACAAUUAGAGUUGGUUCGCGAAAAGGUCUACGGGCUAGUCGAUGAGCUGAAUGGCCAAGCUGAAAGGACAGUCCCAGCGAAAAAGACUGAGAGGCGUAUAAAGAAGAAAGAUACACUUGGUGCAUCGGUAAUGAUUGAACCGGGGUCUCAAGCAAGUAAAACGGGCGAAAAUCAACAAGAUGACCAGGAUAGCCAAAGUCAUGAAGAGUGCGAUACCAAUCAGGAUGAUCAACCAAUGCAUAAGUAUCUUUUUAGCGGUGAAAUGAUUCCGGUUGCAGAAACUAAUUCCCCGCCGCCGCCCACUGGAAGAGGAUGUCGAAGAGUAACCUUUGACGAAAGAGUCGAGUGCGAUCGUCGUGUCAGAAUAUCUUCUCUGGACUCUGAGAAAUCCGAAGAAUCCUUCGAGGUCAAGAGAAGAGAAAAUUCUUUAGACUUCGCAAUUUUGCGCGAUAUGGACGCAGUUCGCUUGAAGAGGUGUCACGACGAAGAUAGCGAGGAGGAUGUGUCAUCUGACAAUGAAUCGGAACGAAGCAUCAUCAGUAUUUUAAGUGAUGACGACGAGAUGGAAGAAAGCGACGUAUCUGGUGACGACAGUGAUGAAGAGAUGGGCAACGAAGAAGAAGACGAAGCCGAAGACGAAGACGAAGAUGAAAAUGAAAAGAGGGCAGAGAGCGGAGAAAGCUUCGAUGUGCUGGGAGUCCAUGGAAAACAAUCAGAUGAACUAUUUGACGGGAAUAUCUCCCCUAAUGAAGACGAAUCAAGCGAAGAAAAUCAACAGAGUAACGAAAAGAAUGACGACAGAGAUGACGUCUAUGCUUCUGAAAAAGGUUCAAUGCUCGACAAGCCAAUGGGUGGAGAAGAAGAAAUCACCGGGGUGUUUGUCUCAGAAGGCUUGGUUAGGAACAGGGAAAUUUCUCCGAUUGACGAGUUGAUAGUGCAAGAAUCACAAACGACAAGAACUGAAGGUAACAAGAACAGCCAGGUAUCACAGCCAUCAAUUGUCAUGAGUCGGCAGAUUAGCACACAAGUAUCAAAAACACCAGAAGCGGAUGAUUGGAGCAUUCGAAUGCCAAAGUCAAGCGAGGUUAUGAACGAGACGCAAGAGGACAUCUUUGAUAGUUCAAGCCCGAUUUCAGCGAUCGUCAAGAGGCAGUCCAUCAGCUUGAUUACACGUAGACGGACAACAUUUCGGAGUAGACCGCUAGUCCUUACGAUUGAUAGACCUUCUACGCCACCUAGCCCUGAAAUUCCAGAGACUCAAAUUGUGGCACCUCAGAUGCCAGAAGCACGAUUGAUUGCAGUUCGCGAAAUUUCUCCUGAGCUUGGGGAAUCGCAAGUAUCCAAUACACCCGAUGAGUUCGAAAAAUUCAUACUAGACGCACCACCUCCCGCCAGCCAUGAGCAGUCGCUUCAUUCUUCUCAACUUUCAUUCAUACCAGAUGAGAUUCCGGACGAAACUUACUUUUGCCGAGCUUCUCAGGCACUAGAAGAACACAAAACACCUAUGUCUAGAAGCAAGACAACUCCAGGUCGCUUCCAUCCCGAUCACUUUAAGAGCAUUGCGAAUCCAACUUAUGCCCAGCCAAACACCGAGGCUACGGAGAGCAAGGCAUCUGCCCCGAGCAUGUCGCCCAAGUUCUUACAGCUGUCGUAUCGACCCACGCCUAGGUCAGAAAAAAGUUUAAGUCGUCUUACGCGGCAGGCCAGUUCUACUUUGGGGACUUUGCCAGGCUCUGCCAGAAAGAGAACAAAAACUUUACCAUUCAAACCGCCAUUCAAAAAGCCAAUCAUGAAGAUUUAG